AUGGCUGCAGUGUCUCAAGAUGAAAGUGGGUUAGACCUGGGCUCCCAGGUGGUGGUAUGUGUGGGGCGGACCCAGGCCUACCCUGGGCCCUGGAUUCCUGGCAGGUCAGUGAGAUGGUCCUGGGCCAAGCCUGAGCUCCAGCGGGUGUCUUCCAGUGGCGGGCAAAUUCCAGGUGUUUCUCCAAUAGGACAAUAUACAACUCUUUUGCCUUUGCUGGUUAUUCUUGCAAUUUCAGGCAUCAAAGAGGUUGUAGAAGAUUAUGCAUCAUUAGAAGUUGCUGGAAUAAUAAAGGAAGGACAAUUGGUAAACCUAGAUGGAAAAAUUGAAUGUGAAGAACCUGAUCGUCAGUUUAAUAACUUUGUUGGAACCUUGUAUUUAAGGGGUAAAAGUCCUAUUUCAGUUGGUCCUGACCAGAUGUUGCUGAGAGGUACACAGCUGAAAAAUACACAGUGGAUCAUUGGUGUAGUCAUUUACACUGGAUUUGAAACCAAAUUGAUGCAGAAUUCCGUCAAAUCACCUCUCAAGAGAUCACAGGUUGAGAAAGUAACCAACAUGCAGAUCCUCAUUUUGUUGCUACUACUCUUUGUGAUAUCUGCAGUGAGCUGUGUGGGAGCCACAAUUUGGAACAAAAUGUACCUGGAAAACAUUUGGUACAUGGGAAUUAGUGGUAUCACCCCCCACAACCAUGUGUUUGAUAUACUGGUAUUCAUUAUCUUGUACCAUAACCUUGUUCCCAUCAGUAUGCUGUUAACUCUGGAAACUGUGAAAUUCAUUCAGGCCCAGUUUAUAAACUGGGAUGAAGAUAUGCAUUACGAACAAAAUAAUCUUUAUGCGAUGGCCAGAACAUCCAACCUCAAUGAAGAGCUUGGGCAGGUAAAAUAUUUAUUUUCUGAUAAAACAGGAACCCUCACUUGCAAUACAAUGGCAUUUAAGAAGUGUACCAUUGCAGGCAUAAUUUAUGGUAGAGCAUCUUUCUGUGAAUUUAAUGACCCUAAAUUAUUGGAGAACUUUGAGGAUGGUCAUCCCUCAUCAGAAUACAUUAAGGAAUUCCUUACCCUCUUAUGUGUGUGCCAUACAGUUAUUCCUGAGAGAUGUGGAAAUGAUAUACUCUACCAGGCUUCCUCCCCAGAUGAAGCUGCUUUAGUGAAAGGAGCAAAAAAACUUGGCUUUGUUUUCACCACAAGAACACCUUAUUCUGUCACCAUAGAAGAACUAGGUAAAGAAAAGGAAAUGGAGACUGGCAAUUGAAGAAACAUGUUGAUUUUUUCAUCAAUUAGAAAAAGGAUGUCGAUAAUUGUACGGACUCCUGCAGGACAUCUUCGGCUAUACUGCAAAGGGGCGGACACAGUGAUUUAUGAGAGACUUUCAAAAGAUUCCCUAUUUGUGGAGGACACAUUAAAACAUUUGGAACUUUUUGCCACAGAAGGUCUGAGGACUCUCUGUAUUGCCUAUACUGAUUUAACUGAGACAGAUUACCAAGAUUGGUUGCAGGAGUAUAAAAAAGCUAGUGCAAUUUCACAAAACAGAAUUCAAAGACUGGAAGAAUGCUAUGAGAUUAUUGAAAAGGAAUUUCUGCUGCUUGGAGCCACAGCCAUAGAAGAUCGUCUUCAAGCAAAUGUUCCAGAAACUAUAUCAACUCUACUGAAAGCAAACAUAAAAAUAUGGGUCUUGACAGGAGAUAAACAAGAAACUGCAGUUAACAUAGCAUUUUCCUGCAAACUGAUAUCAAGUACCACACCUCGUAUUUAUUUGAAUGCAGAUUCAUUUGAGGCAGCACAACAAGCAAUUAACCAUAACUGUGGAGAUCUUGGAAAUUUAUUAGGUAAAGAGAACGACUUGGCCCUAAUUAUUGAUGGUGAAACAUUGAAGUAUGCCUUAAGGUUUGAAAUUCAGAAGAAGUUCCUAGAUUUGGCCCUUUCAUGUAGAGCAGUAUUAUGUUGUAGGCUAUCUCCCCUCCAGAAAGCUGAAAUAGUGGACUUGGUGAAGAAGCAUGAAGAGGCCAUCACUCUUGCUGUUGGGGAUGGUGCCAACGAUGUGGGGAUGAUCCGGAUGGCCCAUGUGGGAGUGGGGAUCAGUGGGAAUGAGGGCAUGCAGGCCACCAACAACUCAGAUUACUCCAUUGCUCAGUUUCAAUACUUGGAGAAGCUUCUGUUGGUUCAUGGAACUUGGAACUAUUUUCGAGUGACCAAAUGCAUAUUGUAUUCUUUCUACAAGAAUGUAGUGCUAUACAUUAUUGGGCUUUGGUUCUCCUUUGUUAAUGGAUUCUCUGGGCAGAUUAUAUUUGAGCAUUGGUGCAUCAGCUUGUACAAUGUGAUUUUCACUUCAUUACCACCUUUAACUCUGGGAAUCUUUGAGAAAUGUUGCAGUCAAAAGAGCCUCCUGGAGUAUCCACAACUCUACACAGUUUUUCAGACAGGGGAAAUGUUCAACACAAAGGUGUUUUGGAUUCAAUGUAUAAAUGCUUUGAUCCACUCCUUCAUUCUCUUCUGGUUUCCCACAAAAAUGCUGGAGCAUGAUAUGAUUUUGCGACAUGGUUACACCACAGACUAUUUAUUUCUUGGAAAUUUUAUUUAUACGUAUGUAGUUGUUACUGUUUGUCUGAAAGCUGGGCUGGAGACAACAUCUUGGAAUAGAUUUAGUCAUGUGGCAAUUUGGGGAAGCAUAAUAAGCUGGAUGCUGUUUUUCUCAGUUUAUUCUUUCUUCUGGCCCAUCUUCUCUGUUGCUCCUGAAAUGACAGGACAGAUCAAUAUGGUUCUGAGUUGUCCACACUUCUGGAUGGGUUUUUUGUUAGUCCCUACUACCUGCCUGAUUCAAAAUUUUUUCUGGAAAUUGAUUAAAAAUACCUACAAAAGAGGGCUUCUAGAAGAAAUUCAGGAGCUGGAAAGCAGAAAAGAUAGAAUAUUGGAACAUAGUGAGAUUUUUGAAAAGAGGACGACAGCAGCAAGUCUCACAGUGUCCUUUAGUACACAGCCCUGUGAGAUUUUCUUCCGGGAUGAUUCUGUUGAUCUAAGUGCCCCACGAUACCCUGAUUCCUGCCCUCGAGUUAAACAUCCGUUGGCCAGAGCUGCCCAACGCUGCGCUCAGAGCGCAGGAAACACGUAUCUUCAAGCGCCCCCCAAUCCAGGCCCGGUUGAACCCCCUCACACCAUUCCCCGCUCCAGUUCCCCCACACCAUCCAAGUUCACGGUCCACGUUCCUCAUUACUGA